CCACACAGGCAGGGCGGUGCUACCCUGCAGUGGAGCUCGAGUGUCAGAGAGAUCUAGACGCAGCAGCUGAACAAAGAGAGAGAAAAAAGAGGGAGCGGGAGAGGUGGAAGACUGAUCUUUCGUUUUCUGCCUGUGAUUAAAAGACACUGCCUCCACAGCCACUCCAGUCAUGGCCAGGAAUCUACUGAAGAACCCAGCUGGGGAAGAGCAGAUGGAAUUCUGGGAGCUGACAGAGAACGGUGGGAGCCAAUGGCAGGUGGAAGAGAUGCCAGGAGACUGUGGCUACAACUUCGGUGACGAUGGAGUGACCAAAUACUUCAGCACCUCCUUUGAGCUGUGUCUGAAGAGGCAGGUGGUUGACCUAGUGGCAGAGGGCUACGCUCCUGAUGACCUCGAUGCCCAGCCAGCUGUCAGUGUGGAAGACUGGUACAGUGGGAGGACAGACUGUGGGUGCACCUACCAGUUGACAGUGUGUCUGUUGGAUGAGAAUGAGGAAAUUCUUCAGGAAUUUAAACCAGAAUCAGUCACCCUGGACCCAGAUUGUGAUGACUGCUCCUGGAAACAGGUGAACCACACUUUCUCUGAUUACGGUCCUGGCCUGCGCUUCAUCUCGUUUGAACAUGGAGGACAGGACACCAAGUACUGGGACGGCUGGUUUGGAGUUCGAGUCACUGGGAGCUCUGUUAUUGUAGAGGCCUGAGAGGGGAAGGGGGCGGCAGGUAUGGUGAGGAAGAGAGAGGGAAAUUGAGGACAAAAAGAACGAGAACAAGAGAAAGGAGUUGAGGGGACCAGCAAUGCCUUGUGCACCAUCCUUACAUAGCAGUAAAUAAAAAGUCAAGCAUAAAAAUAUAUGCCUAAGAUACAGUAGUAUCCACUCAAUAGCUGCUUCAGAAACGUAUGGCAUGAGCAAGACCUGCAAGCUUGGACCCUUAGUGCUCAAUAACACUGUAGAAACCAUUAUAGUAUACAGAUGAAAUAUUCUCCCAGUGUAGCUUUAUAAACAGUUAUGAAUGAGUUAUAAAUGACUAACACUAAAUGAGAUGGGGUGAGCGAGGGUCUACUAACUGCUACCUAUGGAUAGAUAGUUUGUUCUGGUGGUCUUAUCAGCUAGGUUUCUUUUCUAGGUUAAGUGGUGUGUAAGGGCUCAUUGCAGAGUGAUCACUGAUCAUACAUACAGAGGUUGUAACCAAUGAUUAGAAUGAAAUGUUAAAACCAUCACAGAUUAUGAUUGUAACAUAUGCAUUGUUUUGAUCCGAACUGUAUCAAAUUCACACUAACCAGGUUCACUUUUCAGGUUAUUCACAAUGCAAAUGAGAGCCAAAUAAAAUCAAUCAAUCAAG